UCACUUUCCGCAGGCCGCCUGGCCAGAGCGGUUUGUAGGGUUCCGGCUUCCUAGUCUUAGGAUUCUGAGGCUCCCUCCGGAUGAGAAUUGAGCUGUCGGUGCAGCCAGGAAGCUCGGGGUUACAGCACCGAGGGGGUCCAUGGCUCGAGAUAUAAGUCCCAAUCUUUGAAAUAAACAGAAGGUUCCAAGAAGGAAUGAAGGAUGAAGCUCUACAUAUAAUAUCUGCUCAAUAAACCUUUACCAAAGAUGAGAAGGAAUUCCAUGAAGACACCAUCAACUGAAAUAAUGGUGUUUGAUCUCACAGAGUAAAUUCUCAUUGAGCAGAAACCUACAGGUAUCCAAAAAUGAUUGAGAUUGAACAGGCAGAGGCCCAACUCUCUGAGUUAGACCUGCUGGCCAGUAUGUUCCCUGGUGAGAACGAGCUUAUAGUGCAUGACCAGCUGGCUUUAGCAGAACUGAAAGAUUGUAUUGAAAAGAGGACAAUGGAAGGACGAUCUUCAAAAGUUUACUUUACUAUCAAUAUGAACCUGGACAUAUCUGAGGAAGCAACGGUGAUGUUUUCUCUGGCCUGUGUUCUUCCCUUUAAAUACCCUGCAGUUCUGCCUGAAAUUAUUGUCAGAUCAGUACUAUUAAAUAGAUCCCAGCAGGCUCAGCUGAAUACAGAUCUGACAGCAUACUUGCAAAAGAAUUGCCUCGGAGAUGUCUGUAUAUUGAAUGCCACAGAGUGGAUUAGAGAACACGCUUCAGUCUAUGUCAACAAAGACACCACACCUUCCCCUGCUCCAGGAAGUACAGUCCAGCCAGUUGACCUCAUUCUCACAAGACUCUGGAUCUACAGCCAUCACAUCUACAACAAAUACAAAAGAAAGAAUAUUCUAGAGUGGGCAAAGGAGCUUUCCCUAUCUGGGUUUAGCAUGCCUGGGAAACCUGGUGUUGUUUGUGUGGAAGGUCCACAAAGUGCCUGUGAAGAAUUCUGGUCAAGACUCAGAAAAUUAAACUGGAAGAGAAUUUUAAUUCGCCAUCGAGAAGACAUUUCUUUCGAUGGUACAAAUGAGGAAAUGGAAAGACGAAGAAAAUUUUCAGUUUUUGAAGAAAAAGUAUUCAGUGUUAAUGGAGCCAGAGGAAACCACAUGGACUUUGGUCAGCUGUAUCAGUUUUUAAAUGGCAAAGGAUGUGGGGAUGUUUUUCAGGUGUUCUUUGGUGUGGAAGGACAGUGAGCAGAGGAGUAGUUGACAGCAUUUUGCCACUGUUGGUCUUUUGACUUGUUCCCCACUCUUCUUGAAAGAUUAAGUAAUUUUCUAGCCCCGUUCUAGAAUGUUAGGGGAAAAAAAAAAAGAGGAAAAGUAGUAUAGAUGAAGUACAUCUCUUAAAAAUAUGUCAUGAUUGAAUGCAGAACUGUUUUAAAUUAUAAUCUUAAAAUUGUUGAAGACAUUUCUUGACAUAUAAACUACUUAUUUUGAAAGAGAAGUUAAUUAUAUUUGAGGAUGAUAAUGUUGGUAGUCCAGCUUGCCACCCAUUCUCAACCCUCUUCCCCUUUAUCUGCCUCCACUAAAGAACCUGGAAGAGCUAAAUGCUCACUCUCUUAGGCUCUCUUGCAUCUAGGGUGGCCUGGGGACACAGUUUUGGCCAGGGUACCUUUGGGAAAAGUUUUGCUUUUCUGAUUAAAAAUGAUAGAUGCAGCCAGGGCACCUCUUCCCUCUCUUUCUGUCACAAACACCAAAGUGAUGACUGGAGCUGCAAUAGUCCUCUCGAGGAAGUAAGGGUCAGGAGGGCCACAGAGAUGCCAGUCUUCACGUUGUUGAGCUACCGAUCCAACACUAGCCGCUGCCUAUCUCUAGAUAGCUAUUAUGAAACAAAACCAGUUUUAUUUAUAUGUCUGUACAUGUUACUAGCCCUUGAAAGUUAGUUUGCCAAAUCUUUUCAAAGCAUUAGUUUUACAUCUGCCCCAGCCAUUUGAUACAAAGAUGGGUGAAAUUUUUCUUAAACAGAGAUUUUUGUAUACUUAUGCUCAGCCCCUGGUCUUUGGCUCACCUCACAGAAGGCUUUGAAGCACGAGCAGAGCUCAUACUUUUUAAUAGGCCUCAACUAUUCAUCAAAUUGGUCAUCUAGAGCAUUUGCUUUUGACAAAUUGGAUUUUGACAAAUUUUUCAUUCUGGAAGUGGCUUUCUGUAAAUUUACUUUCAGCAAAUUAAUCUAGAGUCAAAUAAACACACUACCUGGUUUUUGAGGCCCUCCAUAAAUCAGUUGCAGAAGUUCUUAUUAAAUAUUUACUAAUUGCUAGCACUCAGGUUGGUACUGUGUGUUGGGUAUUCCUUGAAGAUUCAGACUUGGAUAAAGAAAUUGGAGGGGGGGGCGGGUCACACAAUGCAUUGUUUAUCUUAGUAAAAAGUUGGAGGCAACCUAUGUGCCCAUCACUAAGUGUAUUUUCCAAUACUAAGUAAAAAUCAAAAGGAAUAAAGUAGAAUUAACUAGGCAAUGUGGAUAGAUCCUAAAUAUAAACACAAAUAAGAAUUCAAAUGGUAUUCAUAGCCUAUAUUGGCUGCAAAUCUUACGUGCCUCCUCAGAUUCCCUCUCUGCCGCCUACCUCCCCAGUGCCCUGUCAGUUGCCCUGGAAAUAUGGACCAGCUGUAUAUUUAGCUUCUGACUGCCACCAGCCACUUCCAGAUUUGGAUGAAAUACCCCACAGAGCAUGAGACUGACAUCCCUAGAGACCACCAAAGGGGCCAGAUGAUGUUUGUGAUACUUUAAGCAGGACUAAAUUGCUAAAACAUUUUUAGUCUUUGUACAUUAUUUUAAUAAAAAACACAUUGUUCUGUAUAAAUAUAUAGAUCUCAAGUGUAAUAUAAAAACAUAGACUGCAAUAAUGUAGCUUUGUAAUUUUCUUCUGAGACAGACCUGUCAACUUUAAAGAUUGGACUAUUAACAGUGACCAAGGGCAGUACAGAUUUUCCAACCUCAUGAUUAGUAAAUUUUUUGAAAAUGUAUGGAACUAUCAUCAUCAAAAAAGAAAACAGCAAGUUAGAUGGUCCUGGCUACAUUUUAUAAUGUAAGAGACACAAUAAAAGCCGUAAGAAACUACAGUUUAAUGUUAGAGGUAUACACAAUAUAGCUUUCUCAGACAUUUACCAAUGAUUAUGUACUUCAUAUAUAAACAUCCUUAAAUGUAA